AUAAAGCAGGUGAGUUAGGUGUUUCCGCGCAGCUGAUCGCCAGCUGUUCAUAGAUCAGCUGGGGGCAACUGAAGCCAUCUUCGUCCAAUCAGAGGAGAGCGCGUGAUCUCACGGUUUGCACUGUUCGUUCCUGUAGCGCCGCCAUUGGCAUUGUUCCUGCAGCACCUAUCAGACUCAGACAGGCAGACAUGAGCAGCAGGAGCCGUAGGUCCGGUCUCAGGUCAAGGAGCCACUUCAGCUCGAGACGAUUCUCCAGAGUAUCUUUACAGAAACCUGGAUGGACUAAGGAGGAGGAUGAAAUUUUACGCCUCCUGGUGCAGGAAUUUGGUUCCAAUAGCUGGUCUGCAGUGGCUCUGCAUUUUGAAGGUCAGAGGUCACAGAUGCAGUGUCAGCGUCGUUGGCAGCAGAUCAAAAAUCCAGAGCUGGUCAAGGGUCCCUGGACAAUACAGGAGGAUCAACAGGUCACAGACCUGGUUCAUAAGUAUGGCACUAAGCGCUGGUCACUCAUUGCCAAACACCUGCACACCCGAAAUGGGAAGCAGUGCCGCGAGCGCUGGCACAACCACCUGAACCCAACAGUAAAAAAGACCAGCUGGACUCUGGAGGAAGAUCGCAUUGUGUGCCAGGCACACGGCCUGCUGGGAAACCGCUGGGCGGACAUUUCAAAGCUGCUCCCUGGCAGGACGGACAACGCCAUCAAGAACCACUGGAACUCCACGCUAAAGAGGAAGGUGGAAAAGGAGGGCUACCUGCACAUCUUGAAUCUCCACAGCUCCUCUUCCAGGUCUACAACCUGGACCUGCAGCCCCCCAAGCACAGCCAAAAUCCCCACCAAGGCCGACAAACUGAGAAAGAGGAUGGAUGAGUGCUGCUGCUCCUCCAGUCAACACAGUAUGAACAGGCCCCAUGCAAACUCCACCCAUCUCUACUCGGCCUGUGGUCUCACCUCCUCCCCGGGAUAUGGCUCGUCAAUGAGUGUUUGCAAGCUGGCAUCAUCUGCAGAGCUGACAGAAACGAACUCAGAGAUGUGGAGCUAUGAACUGGAGAGGGACUCCUCCCAUCAGGACUUUCGUCCACUGUUGCUCUGCACCUGUCCAGAGCAGCAGCUCACCAACAGCAGCCUGCAGUUUGUUGAUGUGGUCGGUGGAGUGGAGCAGCUGAUGUACACCGAAGAGGGCACCUCCUACCUGGACUCUUCUUCCUGCAGGGGGGCACAGUGUAUGCAUGAGGUGAGCGACCUGAAGCCACUGCAUCCAGCUCUCACCUCCACCCCCCUCUGCACCUUCAAACACCCCUGCAGAAGGGAGAAUAACUGCGUGGACUGCAGCCAGACCAGCAGGUCUGUCUCAGUUCUCUGCACUGCUGCAGACAGGUCAGAUCGGAGCUCAGAAGGCACUGCUGUUUGCAGGACCCCAACGCCAAUUCAAGACCGAAUCCAGGCACUGCUCAGGGGUGCUCCAAUAACACCAACACCCCUGAAAAUGAAUGAGCUAAAAAAUGAGGUCUCAGAGUGUUCAGGCAGGAUGAUGAAUUUGAUGAUGGACGAAAACAUCAAUGAAGACUGUCAGAAGUCCAGCAGUUCCUCACAGGUUCUGGGGGAGAAUCAGCUGCUGCAGGUUGAGAGAGGCUCGGCGCACCUCUGUGAGGAGCUGGACUGCUUUCCUCUGGAUGGACUGGUGGAGGUGUGGUGGUGCGGGCAGUCUGUCACCCAUUUGGACUGUCCCAUGGCUCACCAGCAGUCAGAGGUGAACCCACCUGUCCGACUGAAUGAUGUGGCUCACCUGUGAGAUCAGCUGAGACGAUGCUCCGAUCAGGAGUUCUCUCUUCUUUCUCUCAGACUGAAUUUCUGCGGCGUCGUUGGAUUUGAUUUAUUUAUUUCUUGAGCAGUUUGUAACUUGCACUUUAUUCCAUUCAUGAAAAUUUUACAUGUUUUCUUGCUAAUUUAGUAUUUUAUUACUCAAUAGGUUUAUUUUAAAUAACAUUGUGUACAAUUUAACUUAUUUAUUUGCUGAUCCAUUUCUUAGGGAGCACAAAACAUUCCAGUAAUUUGUGUGUUGUUGUUGCAUCAGAUACGGUAACACAAUUUCUUUCUUGUGGAAAACUUCUCAGAAAUUUCUAACUGUUGCACUUUGGAUCAGAGCUGAUCAGCUUUACAUUUUUGACCAGGAACCAGACAUGAAACAUAAAGAACCUUUUAUCAGAGGCUGAACUUAGUGUGACUUUGCUACCUUAUGCUUGAUUUUUCUUUUAUGUAUAUUUGAACUGCAGAAGAAUGAGAGCAUGAGCUUCUGAACAAGGAUUAUUUUUUUUAUAUCUCUGACUGACAGGAUGCUGUGAGAAUAAAUUGCUGGAUUAAAUGUUUUAAAUUAACUGUCAGAAAUGAACAGUAAACUUGUAAAAUUUAAGUGACAUAAUAAACCUGUCUGGUCAUGCCAUGA